AUGACGGGCUUCUCGGACCAGGCUUACCGCCAGCGCCGGAAGCUGAUUGCGGAGAUCGCAUUCCAGUACAAGCACGGCGACCCUAUUCCCCGUGUGGAGUACACGGCCGAGGAGAUUGCCACCUGGAAGGAGGUCUACACCACCCUCAAGGGCCUCUACGCCACCCACGCCUGCCGGGAGCACCUGGAGGCCUUCCAGCUGCUGGAGCGCUUCAGCGGCUACCGGGAGGACAGCAUCCCCCAGCUGGAGGACGUGUCCCGCUUCCUGAAGGAGCGCACGGGCUUCCAGCUGCGGCCCGUGGCCGGCCUGCUGUCCGCCCGGGACUUCCUGGCCAGCCUGGCCUUCCGCGUGUUCCAGUGCACCCAGUACAUCCGACAUGCGUCCUCGCCCAUGCACUCCCCCGAGCCGGACUGUUGCCAUGAGCUGCUGGGGCACGUGCCCAUGCUGGCCGACCGGACCUUUGCUCAGUUCUCCCAGGACAUCGGGCUCGCGUCCUUGGGGGCUUCUGACGAGGAAAUCGAGAAGCUGUCCACGCUGUACUGGUUCACGGUGGAGUUCGGGCUGUGUAAGCAGAAUGGCGAGGUGAAGGCCUACGGCGCUGGGCUGCUGUCCUCCUACGGGGAGCUCCUGCACUCCCUGUCUGAGGAGCCUGAGAUCCGGGCCUUCGACCCGGAAGCUGCUGCCAUGCAGCCCUAUCAGGACCAGACCUACCAGUCCGUGUACUUUGUGUCCGAAAGCUUCAGCGAUGCCAAGGACAAGCUCAGGAACUACGCUUCCCGCAUCCAACGCCCCUUCUCCGUGAAGUUUGACCCGUAUACCCUGGCCAUCGACGUGCUGGACAGUCCCCACGCGAUCCGGCGCUCCCUGGAGGGCGUCCAGGAUGAGCUGCACACCCUCACCCAUGCGCUGAGCGCCAUCAGCUAGGAGCAGUGGGAGAGGCCCCGAGGUCUCCCUUCCCUUCCCCAGCCUCCCCCCGGCCCCUGCCCACGUGAGGGGCUGGGUCACUGGGCACCCCGAGAGCCCGCCAGAGAUCCUCCCUGCUGGAGGGCACCCCGCAGACCCCCACCCCACUGCUGCUCAGCUCUGCCUGCUGUGUCCUUGUCCUGCCCAUGCUGCCCGCGCCGCCCGCUCACAACCUCAAUAAAAGAAAGAAUCCCUC